GCCGCCGCCGCCGCCACCGCCGCCGCCGCCGCCGCCGCCGCCACCGCCGCCGCCGCCGCCGCUGACGCCGCCAGUCUGUUGUCGCCCGUAGACCGGUGCACAACAGCGAGCGUCUCCGUCAUCGGCCCACCUCUAUCCGCCCCUACCGCCGUCAUCACAGAGCGAGAGUCCCUCGGACAGUGUGCCUGGCAGCAGCGGAAAGCUCGGUGGUCGCCCCACAACAUCUUGUGCAGAAGAAGCCAUGGAUUCGGAGAAAGGAGCUCUGUUGGGAUCAUCCAAGCGCAAGGACUAUGGGUCAGGAGCGUUCGGCAACGGGUCCCUAGGGGAUCGUGAGAUCUUUGUGCCACCAAUUGAGCCCGACUCGGGCUCCGGGUGCUGGCCAUGCUGCUGGAAACCAACCUCCUACAGACAGAUUCUGGACCAUGUACCCGAAGACCAUUGUCACCGCCAGCGAGAGUCCGGCGUCAACCGGAAGGCCACCAAGCAGCUGCUGAUCGCCACGUCACUCUGCUUCUGCUUCAUGCUCAUUGAGGCUAUCGGCGGCUACAUCUCCAACAGUAUCGCAGUGCUGACGGACGCCGCCCAUCUCUGCACCGACCUGUUCGCCUUCAUCGUCUCUCUUAGCGCUCUGUUCGUGGCCGCCAGACCGCCGAGCAGUCGGAUGAGCUUCGGAUGGCGGCGCGCAGAGGUGAUGGGCGCUCUCAUCUCCGUGCUUCUGAUCUGGAUCAUCACAGCCAUUCUGGUCGACAUGGCUGUCGACCGCCUGCUCAACCCCGACUACGAAAUCAACGCCCCCGUCAUGGUCGGAACCAGCGUGGCGGGCAUCAUCAUCAACAUCAUCAUGGGCUGUGCGCUAAACCAGGACGCUGCUGGGUCUGAGGAGAAUGUCAACAUCAACGUGCGAGCCGCAUUCAUCCACGUGCUCGGCGACCUGAUUCAGUCCAUAGGAGUCUGUAUCGCGGCGAUCAUCAUUUACAUGAGGCCUGACUGGAUCAUCGCCGAUCCGAUCUGCACCUUCAUCUUCUCAGUAAUCGUGUUCUCCACCACGAUCGGUGUGCUCAAGGACGCCCUCAGAGUGCUGCUCGCCGCCACACCUCCCGAACUGAACCUCCAUGACAUCUCUGCGGCUCUGCUCGACGUUCCUGGCGUGGUGGGCCUGCAUGGACUGCGAGUGUGGGCGCUCAGCAUGGAUACCAACGCCGUCAUGGUGCACCUGGAGAUCAAGUAUUACGAAGACGGCGCAGCUGCUCUCGAAAAGGCCACAGACGUCCUGCGGAACAAGUUCCACUUCUACGAGAUCUGCGUGCAAGUGGACACCUUCACGAACAGCAUGAACCACUGCACGAUCUGCAACGAAAACAAAGAGGUCACCACGCGGCCGGGCACUGUGACCGUCUGAGGCGGGGCACCACCACCACCACCACCGCCGCCGCCGCCGCCACUGCGAACUACCGCCAGUUUCAGUCACUAAGAGGAGUCAGUGUGUAGCGCCGCCGGGGUCCGCCAGUCCACAGCGUGCGCUCCAGAGCAGGUGCCAUCAGCGAUUGAUCCAUCUUUGGCAGUCGGCCUAACUCAGUGGUUGUCUAUGAACAGAGCCGUCCACUGUGGCAGCUAUUUACCCGCAGAGCCGUCCACUGUGGAAGUCUAUUUACCCAUAUCACCGUCCACGACUCUAAUAUUUUUAUCACAUAGCCGUCACUAGUGUCAGGUCUGUGUGUAUUGUCGUCCACAAUGAUCAAAUAAAUGAGGCCCUCUGUGGUGUCUACGAAGCUCCCCGUCUACAACAGCUGUCUUUUCUAUAGGAUUAUCGUUCACUUUAGCCAUUUAGCCAUUAGCCGUCUGCUGUAGCUGUAGCCGUCUUCAGCCGUUUAUUGUAAAUGUCUCCUGUAGGCAUUUACAAUAGCCGCCUGCUUUAGCUCUCUAAUUUAGCCGUCUGCUGUAGGCAGCUGUCUACAGUAGCCGUCUACAGCAGCCUGUCAACAGUAGCUGUGUUUUGUAGCCGUCUUCUGUAGCCGCCUGCAGUAGCUGGUCUUCAUUAUCCGUCUGCUGUAGCCGUCUGCUGUAGCUGUCCGCUGUAGCGUCUACAGUAGCCGUCUACUGUAGCCGUCUACUGUAGCCGUCUGCUGUAUCCGUCUGUUGUAGCCGUCUGCUGUAGCCGUCUGUUGUAGCCGUCUGUUGUAGCCAUCCGUUGUGGCCGUCUACAGGAGCCGUCUGCUGUAACCGUCUGCUACAGCCGUCUUCUGUAGCUGGUCUGCAAUAGCCGUCCACGGAAGCCGUCUGCUGUAGCCGUCUACAGAGCCGUCUGCUGUAGCUGUUAACAGCUGUUGUAGACAUCUGUGGUAUCUACUACAGCCAUCUACUGUAGCCGUCUUUGGCUGUGGGCGUCUAUGACCCAUAUGGUCCGCUACUCGUAUGCCCGUCUUCGGCCGUCUAUGGUCGUCUUUGGCCGUCUGGAGUGGCCACCUGCCGUCUGGCGCCCGCCCUGGUUGUGUUUUAAAUGUGGAUGUCGUCUGAGGCAUGUGAAAUGUAAAUGAGACCUGUCGUCUACUACGACCGACUAAUUAUAAAUCGCUGUGGAAUUUCUUACUGUGGUCAUAAGUAUUAUGUAAUUGUUAAACUUCUUGUUUUCAAGCGAUCUGUACGAAUAUUUUCGAAGCUGAAGCGUUUAUAUGAUGUCAACAAUAACAUCACCGAUGACGCAUUGUUAACUUUGAGGUGUACUGUAGUCGAUAAGCGGUGAACUUCAGACGGCAAAUAAGCGUCACUUUUGAUCUUGAACCGUAACAUUUGUGCCAUGCUUUUGACGUAAGGCUGGCAAGCAUCGACGAUCUUACACUGUGGCCAAUGCAUUUAUAAAUCACGUGUCGAGUG